AUGGGGCGACCAUUCAACAAGUUCUCGCGCGGCAGAGGCGGAGGCGGGCAGUCCAGCGGGCGCAGUGGAGGCUCAUGGCGCGGUAGACGCGGUGGAGGACGCGGCGGAGGAGCUGCAGGCGCCGGACAGCUCAAGACGGUCACGGAGGGGACGAAGGACGACGACCGCAUUGAAGACGCGCGCGUUUGGGACGAGCUGGAUCACAAGCUUGGGUUUGCCAAGUUCCAGGAGGGAGCGAAGAGGCAGGGCUGGCUGGUCAACAUGAAGGAGACCCUCGUACCCGACGAGACGAAGACGUCGGCGCGCGCAGGCGUCGACUACUACUUCAUCCAGGACGACGGCGGGAUGUUCAAGGCGACUCUCGCUUACGAGCCGUAUUUCUACAUCGCGACAAGGAGCGGCUACGAAGGCGUCGUCGAGGAAUGGCUGAUGCGCAAGUACGAAGACUUGAUCACCAAGGUCUCGCGCGUCCGGAAAGAGGAUCUCAAGCUCCCGAACCACCUGAUGGGCUACCGCCGCGACUAUAUCUCCCUCUCCUUCCGGAACCAAACCGACCUCUUCACCGUCCGUCGGGACCUCCUCCCUCUCGCAACGAAAAACCGCGAGAUGCUCGACGCGGUAGACACGUAUGCCGAAGUUGUCGCGGGCGAGCAGAAGUUUGGGCAGGUCGGGAUGGAGUAUGAUAUGGAGGACGGGUUCGGGGGAGAGGGGUUCGUGAAAAAUGUGGGAGGGGCGGGAGGGAAGGGCGCGAAUGCGAUGGACCCGAAGGACGCGAUCAUCGAUAUUAGGGAGUACGAUGUCCCUUACUACCUGCGCGUCGCCAUCGACAAGAACAUCCGCGUGGGACUCUGGUACGAAGUCACAGCCGACGCCGGCGAGAUCUCCUUCCGCCUCCUCGAGGAACGAGUCGCUCGUGCCGAGCCAGUCGUCAUGGCGUUCGAUAUCGAGACGACCAAGGCGCCUCUCAAGUUCCCCGACCAGUUGACAGACCAGGUCAUGAUGAUCUCGUACAUGAUUGACGGGCAGGGCUUCCUCAUCACGAACCGCGAGAUUGUCGGCGCCGACAUCGAGGACUUCGAGUACACACCGAAACCGGACUACGAAGGUCCCUUUACCAUCUUCAACGAGGCCGACGAAGCCGCCACCAUCCUCCGUUUCUUCGAGCACUUCCGCGAAGCCCACCCGACCGUCUGCGCAACCUACAACGGCGACUCGUUCGACUUUCCGUUCCUCCUCGCCCGUGCGAACGUACAUGGCAUCGACAUGUACAAGGAGAUUGGGUUCGCGAAGGAUAGCGAGGAGGAGUUCAAGAGCAGGAGUUGCGUGCAUAUGGAUUGCUUCCGAUGGGUCAAGCGCGACUCAUACCUCCCGCAAGGCUCGCAGGGUCUCAAGGCCGUCACGGUUGCCAAGCUCGGCUACAACCCGAUCGAGCUCGACCCAGAGCUCAUGACGCCAUACGCCGCCGACCAGCCCCAGACGCUCGCCCAAUACUCCGUCUCCGACGCAGUCGCGACCUACUACCUCUACAUGAAAUACGUCCACCCGUUCGUCUUCUCGCUCUGCAACAUCAUCCCGCUCAACCCGGACGAGGUGUUGCGGAAGGGAAGUGGGACGCUGUGCGAGACAUUGUUGAUGGUCGAAGCCUACCGCUCAAACGUCGUCUACCCGAACCGGCACGUCGAGUCGCACAACAACAUGUAUGACGGACACCUCCUCGAGUCGGAGACGUAUGUCGGUGGUCACGUUGAGGCGCUCGAAGCUGGAGUAUUCCGGAGCGAUAUCGAGACGGACUUCAAGAUUGUGCCGAGUGCGAUUCAGGAGCUCAUCGACGAUCUGGACGACGCGCUCAAGUUCGCCCUCGCGAAGGAGGGCAAGAAGCCAAUCCCGAUCGAAGACGUCGAGAACUACGACGAGGUCAAGGGCGAGAUCGUCCGCAUGCUCGAGGAGCUCCGCGACCGCCCGCUCCGCGCCGACACGCCGCUCAUCUACCAUCUCGACGUCGCCGCCAUGUACCCCAACAUCAUGUUGUCCAACCGACUCCAGCCCGACUCGGUCGUGACCGAAGCCGACUGCGCGGCAUGCGACUUCAACCGGCCCGGCAAGCAGUGCCAGCGACGCAUGAAGUGGGCCUGGCGCGGCGAGUACUUUCCGGCGCAGCUCAACGAGUACAAGAUGAUUCGGAACGCGCUCGAGCAGGAGACGUUCCCGCCCAAGUGGCCGGGCAAGCCUGAGCGACGCUUCACCGAGCUCUCGCCGUCAGAGCAGACGUCGCUCCUCCACAAGCGCCUGGGCGACUACUCGCGCAAGGUCUACGCCAAGACAAAGGAGACCAAGAUCGAGACGAAGGAGGCCAUCAUCUGUCAGCGCGAGAACCCGUUCUACAUCGACACUGUCCGCACCUUCCGCGACCGCCGCUACACGUACAAGGGUCUUCACAAAGACUGGAAGAAGAAGCUCGACCAGGCGAGCGGCGGAGGUGGCGUCCAGGAGAUCGUCGAGGCCAAGGCGAUGAUCGUCCUUUACGACUCGCUUCAGCUCGCGCACAAGUGUAUCCUCAACUCGUUCUACGGCUACGUCAUGCGCAAGGGCGCGCGGUGGCACUCGAUGGAGAUGGCCGGCAUCACCUGCUUGACGGGCGCGUCCAUCAUCCAGAUGGCGAGGAAGCUCGUCGAGCAGAUCGGCCGCCCGCUCGAGCUCGACACAGACGGCAUCUGGUGCAUGCUGCCGAGCACCUUCCCCGACGGCUUCGCAUUCAAACUUCGCGGCGGCGGCAAGUUCCCGAUCUCGUACCCUUGCACCAUGCUCAACCACAUCGUGCACAAGGACUUCACGAACGACCAGUACCACGAGGCGACGCCCGACGGCCGGCACGUCGUUCGCGAGGAGAACUCGAUCUUCUUCGAGCUCGACGGCCCGUACCGCGCCAUGAUUCUGCCGUCGUCGAAGGAGGAGGACAAGCUGCUGAAGAAGCGCUACGCCGUCUUCAACGAGGACGGAUCGCUCGCCGAGCUCAAGGGGUUCGAGGUCAAGCGUCGCGGCGAGCUCCAGCUCAUCAAAACCUUCCAGUCGCAGAUCUUCGAGAAGUUCUUGCUUGGCGGGACUCUCAAAGACUGCUACGCCGCCGUCGCGACUGUCGCCGACAAGUGGCUCGACGUCCUCUUCACCAAGGCGGUUUCGCUUCCGGACGACGAACUCGUCGAGCUGAUCGCCGAGAACCGCUCGAUGUCGAAGACCCUCGCCGAGUACGCCGGCCAAAAGUCGACAUCUAUCAGCACGGCUCGCCGUCUCGCCGAGUUCCUUGGCGAGCAGAUGGUCAAGGACAAGGGUCUCGCCUGCAAGUUCAUCAUCUCGACAAAGCCGGUCGGGGCACCCGUCACCGAGCGCGCCGUUCCCGUCGCCAUCUUCUCCGCCGAGCUCUCCGUCAAGCGGCACUUCCUGCGCAAGUGGCUCAAGGACAACGCGCUCGAGGAGUUUGACCUGCGCUCGAUCCUCGACUGGGACUACUAUAUCGAGCGUCUCGGCUCCGUCGUCCAGAAGCUCAUCACGAUUCCCGCCGCGCUCCAGAAGAUCCCAAACCCCGUCCCUCGCAUCCGUCACCCCGACUGGCUUCACCGCCGGGUUGCGAACCAGGACGACAAGUUCAAGCAGCACCGCGUCGACGAGAUGUUCGCUCGCCAGAAGCCCGCCGUGCGCGACGUCGAGGACAUGGGCUCGAAAGACGUUAUCAUCGUCACGCCACGCGAGCCGACGCCGCCUCCGCCCGCGGCGCCCAAGCCCGACAUCACGAAGAGUUACAGCGCCUGGGUCGGAUACAUGAAGCCGAUCUGGCGCGAGAAGCGCAAGGAGCUGCUCGCCUCGCAGAAGUCGUCGAGCGGGUUCAGCGGCAGGGCGGGGACGCUCGGCUCGAUGAUGCACCAGCGCUCGACGUUCCUCUCCUCGGCGGUGUGGGACAUUGUCCAGAUCGCGCCCGUCUCCGACCGACCCGGCGAGUUCAAGAUGUGGCUCCUCAUCGCCGACUCGCUCCAGUCGGUCCGCCUCCGCAUCCCUCGCCAGUUCUUCGUCAACUUCGUCGAGCUUCCCGCCGCAGAUGGCGUCUUUCCCGAGGCUUGCGAGGUUGAGCCUAUCUCUCGCUCGCUCCCGCGCGGUCAGCGCUCGCUCUACCUCGUUCGCUUGUCGACGUCGGAGGAUGACUUCGUACGCGACGAGUCGCUGUACGGUGAGCUGCUGAACGGCCCGAACGUCGACGGCGUGUACGAGCUUCAAGUCCCUCUCGUCAUGCGCGCCCUCCUCCGCCUCGGCGCGUCCUGUAUCCCCGACUCGCGCAAGGGCGUCACCCUCAACAAGGGUCUCGACCGCCACUUUGCUCUCGGUGACCUCAAGCCCGCCGAGGCGACGCUCAGCAAGCGCCGCUACCUCGACCUCGGCCGCAACCUGCGCUACACGUACCUGUUCCAUGUCACGAACGACUACCGUCACGUCUUCGGCCUCUUCAUGCCGACCGGGACCGCCAAGGUGUACGUCGUCGAGCGCGGUAAGGCGAGGGACGUCCAGAACCUCGACAAGUACUACGAGGAGCAGCUCAAGCGGCGGAAGGAGGCGGAGGCCGAGCGUCUCAAGAAGGACAAGUCGGCCAAGCGCGAAGUCGGCGCCUUCGAGUACGCGGACAGGAUGACGAUGAUCGUCGCCUACGCGGGCAACGAGGACGUGGCCCUCCGCCACCUCUCGCGAGACCUCGAUGCGCUGUCGAAGCAGAAGUCGAUGGCGUCGCUCCUCGUCGUUCACUCGCCCAAGCCUCGCUCGUACUUCGACGAGAAGGUCCGAGGCGCCGCCAACUUCCCCUUGAUCGCCAUCCAGUCGUCCAAGGCGGAGAACACGUUCCCGGCGCUCGCAUGGCAAGCCCCCGCCUGUCGCCGUAUGAUCCAGCACUACCUCCGCGCCGCCGUCUGGAUCCGCGAGCGUAUCGAGCUCGCCGACCGCUUCGACGUCCCCGUCUGCAACCUCGAGAAGGACGUCCCGCUCUUCCUCGCGGACAUCGACUUUGCCCGUCGCCUUUCGAAGGCCGACUGCCUCGGAGACGAGCUCGUCAACCCAGAGCUGGGCAAGCCUGGAUGCUACUCAAAUGCCUGUCUCGAGGUCGAGGUGCGGAACCUCGCCGUCGACGCGGUGCUCCAGUCAGCGCUCGUCUACGAGCUAGAAGGUGGAGAGGGUGGCGGGAUCGACGAGGCCGCCCACAACCUCGACGAUUAUGCGAAGGGAACAGCCCACGCUCCGCACGUCCUCGGCGACGCCAUUCUGCCGACGUCGACGUUCAAUAUGGUCCGCGCAAUGGUCAAGGCGUGGUCCGUCGAGGCCGCCAAGCCGGACGGCGCGCACUGGCGCCUCAUGCUCGACCACUUUUGGCGAUGGGCGUCGUCGCCGGCCGCCAAGCUGUAUGACCCGGCGCUUUAUCGCUUCGUCCACGGCCUCAUGCGCAAGACGUUCUCCCAGCUCCUCGCCGAGUUCCGCCGCCUCGGAUCUGACAUUGUCCACGCCGACUUUGGCCGCAUCUUCCUCCUGACGAGCAAGCCGUCCUCGUCGACCGCCUACGCCUACGCCAACUACCUCGUCUCGUCCGUCACGACGCGCGAGCUCUUCCGCUACGUCCAGCUCGAGAUCGUCCGGUUCUGGGACCAGCUCGUCUGGAUGGACGCGGCCAACUCUGCCGGCAUCGUCUGCCCCCGACCUGACCUCGACGAACAGCCUCUCGACCAGGUCGAGGUCGAGAUGCAGUUCAAUAUCGCGACGUACCUCCCCGACGCCGUUCAGGACGACUUUACCAAGAUCAUCGGUCGCUUCGUCCACGGCAUGCUUGUCGCCAAGCGUCAACAGUCGGCCGACCUCCGCACCCCGCUCCGUAUCCUGCAGAACGGCCUCGAGACCGUCGACCGCGGCAAGGCGAACGGUGACAAGGACGGCGACGAUGACGCGAAGAAUCCGGCCAAGACACUUAUCAGCGAGACGCUCACUCGCCAGCUCCUCAAGGCCGUGACGAGGCUCAAGGACGCGCACGCCGACAAGGAAGAUCCCGAGUUUUUCGACUUUCCCGAGCUGCCCGGCUCGCAUCUUCGGCCGAAGAACCCCGUCCUCGAGUUCAUCAAGACCACCUGCGCCGUACUCGCCCUGGCGAAGGACGUCAGCGAGGAGGUUGUCAUCCUUAAGCGCAACUUGCUCGACCUGAUUGGCGUGCGCGAGUUUGCCAAGGAGGCCAUCUUCGUCAACCCCUGCCUACCGUUCAAGGUCCCGAUGGUCGUCUGCCGCAGUUGCAACUCCAUCCGAGACCUCGACCUUUGCCGCAACGUCGCCUUCCUCGUCAAGGACCAGCCGUGGCUCUGCGAACGCUGCUCGACCGAGUACGACCGCGCCGCCAUCGAAGCCCUCAUCAUCGACUCGCUCCAGCGCCGCCUCGUCUCGUACCAGCUUCAGGAUCUCCGCUGCAGCAAGUGCAAAACGAUGAAGUCGGAGAACCUCCGGUCGCAUUGCGACUGCUCGGGCGAGUACCAGAUGUCCGAGACGAGGCAGGACCUCGUGAAGCGCCUCCAGGUCACGUCCAAGGUCGCCGACUUCCACAACCUCCAGGUCCUCGCGACCGCCGUCGAGUGGAUGCAGGAGCUCUUGCACUGA